AUGAGCAGCUGGCUCAUGGACGAUUACAAGCGAGAAACGAAUGCCUGCGAAGAAUUCCCCCUUGCCAUCGCUCAGGUGCCGGAGGUCUGCAUGUACGGCCUCGAUGGCAUCCCUACAGCGGAGCUCGCUUGGGGCGUGAACUCGGCCAUCAUCAGCGUCGUGGUCGGUGCCGCCAUCAUCAGCGUCGUGGUCGGUGCCGCCUUCAUCAGCGUCCCAGCAGUUUGGCCUCGGGCCUCGACGUUUGAAUCGGACGAUGGGUAG